GGAUUUGGAUGUUGGAUGAAAAUAACCAUCUCAUUCAGUGUAUAAUGGACUAUCAGAAUAAAGGAAAGACCUCGGAGUGUUCGCAGUACCAGCAGAUGCUGCAUACGAACUUGGUCUACCUGGCCACGAUCGCAGACUCGAACCAAAACAUGCAGUCUCUGCUGCCGGCGCCACCCACCCAGAAUAUGCCUCUGGGCCCAGGAGGGAUGAACCCGAGCGGCGCCCCGCCCCCUCCGCGCGCUCACAACAUGCCUUCAGACGGGAUGGUCGGCGGGGGGCCCCCUGCGCCCCACAUGCAGAACCAGAUGAACGGCCAGAUGCCGGGGCCCAACCAUAUGCCUAUGCAGGGGCCUGGGCCCAGCCAGCUCAACCUGACCAACAGCUCCAUGAGCAUGCCCGCCAGCAGCCACGGCUCCAUGGGCGGCUACAGCCACGCGGUGCCGUCCUCCCAGAGCAUGCCCGUGCAGAGCCAGAUGACCAUGAGCCAGGGCCAGCCCAUGGGGAACUACGGCCCCCGACCAAACAUGAACAUGCAGCCCAACCAAGGUCCAAUGAUGCACCAGCAGCCUCCUUCCCAGCAGUACAACAUGCCCCAGGGUGGUGGGCAGCACUACCAGGGCCAGCAGCCGCCCAUGGGGAUGAUGGGCCAGGUCAGCCAAGGCAGUCACAUGAUGGGCCAGAGGCAGAUGCCGCCCUACAGACCGCCCCAGCAGGGCCCGCCCCAGCAGUACUCUGGCCAGGAGGACUAUUACGGGGACCAGUACAGCCACGGCGGACAGGGUCCUCCGGAAGGCAUGAGCCAGCAGUAUUACCCUGAUGGUCAUAAUGAUCACGGUUAUCAGCAACCGUCGUAUCCUGAGCAAGGCUACGAUAGGCCUUACGAGGAUUCCUCACAACAUUACUACGAAGGAGGAGGCUCGCAGUACGGCCAGCAGCAGGAGGCCUACCAGGGCCCGCCUCCCCCGCAGGGCUACGCGCCACAGCAGCAGCAGUACCCGGGCCAGCAGGGCUACGCCGGCCAGCAGCAGGCCUACGGUCCUUCCCAGGGCGGGCCAGGCCCUCAGUAUCCGAACUACCCGCAGGGUCAAGGGCAGCAGUACGGGGGGUACAGGCCGACGCAGCCCGGACCACCUCAGCCCCCGCAGCAGAGGCCUUACGGAUACGACCAGGGACAGUAUGGAAAUUACCAGCAAUGAAAGUUCUCACAUUCCCAUGGCCAGCACCUGCCAGCAGCCACACCCACGCAGCCCUGUGGACCCUCCGGGAAGAGCCCCUUCCAUUGCACCCCGUUUUUGGAGAAGCCUUGGGCUCAGGGGCUGUGUCACCAGUCGGCGGCCGUGUGGCUUAGUUGCGUAAAAGCCUUUAGUAGCUCAAAAAUACUCUUUAAUUCCCCAUUUCUACUCUAGAUGGCAACAUUGGACAGAAAAUAGGCCGCAACCAAUUUGCAGUGGUUCCGGGACUGUUUCAGAUGGACUGUUACAAGCUGGGGGUGCGAGCAGCUUCGUAUGUUUUGCAGGUUAAGGGAAUUUAAUACUUUUCCACAGACGCUUUUGUAAGGGGGAGGGAAAUGUACACUUUCUACAGUUAGCA